AUGACAUCUUCACCUUCUUUGAUUAAGUCAAGCAGUGUCCUUAGUAACUGUAUUAGCGACCACCUCACAGUUUAUGCUAUUGUUAGAAUGAAAGUUCCUAAACCACAACAAUCCUUUAAAACGAUCGUAGCUUCUCGUAAGCUAGUUAGGUCUGCAUUAAGACAAGCUGAAAAGGAUUACUAUAUGACGGAAACAUUAAAGAAUAAGAAUAACUCUGGUUCUUUAUGGAAAAUUAUUAACAAUUGUAUCCCUUCAAAGGAUAGAAACACGCUUACUUACGCAAAGGAUACAUCAUUGAUGGCAGAUGAAUUCAACCAUUAUUUUACUUCCGUAGGCUCGUCUACCGCCCUUGCAGCUGAGAAAAUUGCUAAUGAACAUAAUCUUCAAUUGACCGACCCCCUAACAUGUACCACGAUUUACCCAGUAGAUGAUCAAUUUCACUUUGACCAUGUUUCUGUUACGGAAGUUCAACGUAUUGUAUCGGACAUGCCAUUAAACAAAUCACCCGGUAUCGAUUACAUUCCAACACGUGUACUUAAAGAUUAUUUAUCUAUCAUCUUACCGUCAUUAACUAACAUCAUCAAUAGUUCGUUAAUGUCCGCUACCUUUCCAACGAAUUGGAAAACGUCAAUGUUGAUCAAGGUGAUCAUGAGAUCCCAUGUAAUAAUCGCCCGCUGUCACUUCUUGUAAUAGUUUCAAAAAUUUGUGAAAGGAUUGUUCUAAAACAGUUCAACAGUUACUUAUUUUCUAAGCAAAGGCUCACAUCUCACCAGAGCGGCAACAAGAAAUGCCAUUCAACCGAGACACUCAAUGUCGCAGUAACUGACGAAAUAUUGGCAGCAAUGGAUAAAAAAAAACGUUGUCGGCAAUGGUUUUAUUAGAUCUGUCGAAGGCCUUCGACAGCAUUGAUCACAAAAUCCUUCUACAUAAGUUGGCCAAUGUUGGCGCUUCACCAACAGAGGUGAAAUGGUUCGUAAGCUAUUUAUCGGGGAGAAGUCAGGUGGUGCGGAUUGGUUCUACUAUUUCGUCACAACUUCCAGUUACACAUGGAGUCCCACACGAAGCGUCCUUUCCCCCUUGUUCUUUUGUAUAUACUGAUAUAGAUGAUUUUCCAUCAAUCACCCCGACGUGUCAACUUGAAUCUUGUGUCGAUGAUUCGAAAUUACUCCUUUCCUUUUUAAUUCGAGACGCAAAUAUAGCUCUUGGAAAGAUGAGACAAAACCUACUUGACGUUGCACGUUGGUGCUGCGAACAUAUUAAACUUCUAAUCAAUCCUGGUAAAACCAAAUUUUUAAUAAUUGGAACAAGACAAUUACAACGUAGUGUAGCAAUUGAGCCAACCAUCUCCUUCUCGGUGAGGACCUUAUUGCCUUAGCUUCUGCUAGUGACCUUGGCGUAAUUCCUUGAUUCCGCAUAUUAUGAUGGACAUACAACUAAGUAUCAAGUUGUAUCAACAUGUAUGUCGAAGUUAUGUCCAAUUUACCGACUAAAGGAUUGUUUUAAUAAAGACACCUUAAAGUUAAUUAUAGAGUCAUUGGUUUUAAGUAAAUUAUUUUACUGCUCGACGGUAUGGGCCAAUAUAUCUGAUUCAAACAUCAAAAAAUUGCAAUUGGUACAAAACUUUUCAGUAAGAAUAAUAACAGGUGCAUUGCAAGAACUGGGAUGGCUUCCUGUAAAAGAUCAUUUACGUUAUAGAGACUGAUUAAUAAUGUUCAAAUGUCUUAAUGACAUGGCACCAGGAUAUCUCAAAAUUCUCCACCCGUUCCAGUAUUCACGAUCGUGAAAUUCACGUAAAGGCCCAUCUACACGAUACGACUGGUCGUAUACGAUUCUUAUCCUGGCGUAUGUACUCGAAUAAAUGCGUGUAAAAAUGUCAAAUUUUAAACCUCGCCAUAAACUGAUGAACAGGAAUAGUGGCGUCAGUGUGUACGACUAGUCGUGUCGUGUAGAUGGGCCUUAACAUGAAAGAUUUAGACGUACCUAUUUUCAAGACAAACUCUGGACAUGCAGAGGACAUUCAAAUUCCGUGCAACAAAGUUAUGGAACGACUCAGAUUGUAAAUGUAAAGACAUCAGUAGUUUAUCACUUUUAAGAAACAAUUGAAACAGAAUAUGCUUAGACUUAGAUCAGAAAGCAGAGACGGUAGCUCGUGCGUUUAUUGACAACGUAGUGUCUCGACAUGGCGUUCCUGUGAAACUCCUCACUGACCAAUGUAGAAACUUUGAGUCGGAGCCCAUGAAAGAAGUAUUCAAGCUGUUGGGCGUUCACAAGUUGCGGACAUCACCAUAUCACCCACAGACUGACGGCCAAGUGGAGCGGUUCAACCGUACACUGAAAGCAAUAAUCUCGUCUUACGUAAAUGGUCAUCACAACGACUGGGAUUUACAUUUACCCUUGGCUUUAUUCGCAUAUCGAACAAGUGUCCAUUCCUCGACACGCGUAUCUCCAUUUAAAGCAGUUUAUGGGAGAGAUGCUACUACGCCACUCGUGUUACUGGGCAGCACGGAGAAGCCCAAGACCCGGUUGAUUGCCGACUACUGUGCUGAACUUGAGUUUACGCUGAAAAAGGUCCACGCGACGGUUGCUGAGGAAAUCAAGAAAGCACAGACCCAGCAAAAGCAAAAUUAUGAUGCACGUAACACUGCUCAUCAGACAGAAAUUCUGAGACCCGGAGACAUUGUAUGGUUACAUAACACUGUCAUACCGAAAGACGCAGUAGAAAGUUCCACAAACCGUGGAUUGGUCCGUACGUCAUACUCCGUUGUCAAGGACGUUUAAACUAUGUGAUUCGUCCAAAAUCGGGAAAAGGAAGGAGCUCGUGUGUGUACCGCAAUCGACUCAAGCUGGUACAGAAUCAGACGGAUGACAUUAACGAGCAAGACAUGCCAUCUCCAUUGUCGACCAAGAGCGAGAAAAACCAAGAGCAGAGAGUUGCUGAAUCACCGAUAGUUCACAAGGAAGUUGAGGCAACGAACAUGGUACCUCUAAGGAGAUGGCAGAUAAGAUAA